CGGCGUACGCGGCUUGUUUGACUUCGGAUUAUCUGUUGCUUAUGAUGAGUAAAUAAACUGUAAAAAUGUCAAAAAACGGCUUGUCUAUGGGUUCAAAGGAAGAGAUUUUACUAACGAAACUUGUCCAACUUCUAAGGAAUGGAGAUGUUCUUAACCCUUCUCGUGAUUCUCCAGUGGUGCGCUUCAAACAUCCCUCCGAACUGAAGGAACUAAUUUCCCUCCAGCUGGGCUCACCGACCCCUGAUGACACCUUGUUUUCUACUUGCGAGGACAUCGUGAAGUACUCGGUGAGGACGAGACAUCACCACUUCCACAACCAGCUGUAUGCUGGCACAGAUCCGUACGGGCUCUUCGGAGCUUGGCUUACCGAGGCGCUCAACACCAACCAGCACACAUUUGAAGUGAGCCCAGUGUUUACGAUGGUGGAGGAUGCUCUUCUGCAGCACGUGCUGCGAUUGGUCGGCUACAAGGAUGGCGAUGGAAUAUUGGCACCAGGUGGUAGCAUUUCCAACAUGUAUGGCAUGGUGCUGGCAAGGUACAAACUAGCUCCAGACAUCAAAACUAAAGGUCUGUCGUCAUUCCCACCCCUUGUGGUUUUCACUUCAGAAGAUAGCCACUACUCGGUCCUGAAAGGAGCCCACUGGCUGGGGAUCGGCACGGAAAACGUGGAGAAGGUGGAGACGGACGCGGCGGGCCGCAUGCGCCCCCAGCGCCUGUCGGACGCCGUCUCCCGGGCGCGCGACCAGGGGAAGCUGCCGCUCCUCGUGGUGGCCACCGCCGGGACGACGGUCCUGGGCGCGGUGGACCCCCUGGAGAAGCUGGCCGACGUCUGCCGGAAGAACGGCGUCUGGCUUCACCUUGACGCUUGCUGGGGUGGAACAUUGAUGCUCUCCAAGAAAUAUUCAGACGUGCUUGCUGGAUUGGAAAGGAUGGACUCAAUUGCAUGGAAUCCACACAAAAUGCUUGGAGCUCCCUUGCAGUGCUCACUGUUUCUAGUGAAAGAAAAGGGCCUGCUCCACAGCUGCAACGCGGCGUCAGCGUCGUACCUCUUCCAGCCGGACAAGUUCUACGACGUGUCGUACGACACGGGCGACCGGAGCGUGCAGUGCGGCCGCAAGGUGGACGCCUUCAAGCUGUGGCUCAUGUGGAAGGCGCGCGGGGACUCGGGGCUGGGCCGGCUCGUGGACGACGCCGUGGACUGCGCGAGGUACCUGAGGGACCAAAUUGCUGGCCGGCCGGGAUUCCGGCUGGUGCUGGCGGACAUCCAGUGCACCAACGUGUGCUUCUGGUUCAUUCCUCCCGCGCUGAGGGGCAAGCCCGAGGACAGCGACUGGUGGGACAAGAUACACACCGUCGCUCCUGAAAUCAAGAAGCGCCUGAUGGAGGCGGGGUCGCUGAUGAUCGGCUACCAGCCCCUGCCGCACAAGGGACUGAGGAAUUUCUUCAGAGCCGUCACGGCCUGCCACCCGCCCCCGGCUCACCGCGACAUGGACCACGUCGUCUCCGAGAUAGAGACGCACGGCUCCAGCCUGUUCCUCUGAGGAUGACUGCACUGUGCGAUAGCAGGAGAGAGACACCUGUGUAGGGGAAUGGUUGCUUGCGGAAACAGUCAGCUGAUGGUGAGCAGAAUUUUAAAAGUCGAGCCCUUAUUCCAGACAGUGCAGUGCACAGCGAAGAGAGUAUAAUGCUAUGAUACAUAACGGACUGAGGUCUCAAGCAAACCGCAAACUGUGUUUUUUUUUUCUUCAUUAAAAUAUGAGAAGCUAUUGUGAAUAGUAUUUACCAGUGGAAUGGAAGAUUCAACUCAUGUGUAAGCAGAUUAUGUUGUUCAAAGUAGCAUUGGCAGGGGAUGUAGCUGACUAAAUGUUUGCAUGUGUUAGUGUUAGCAUACGUUGUGGCUGUAAUUGUUAAAGCUUCACAUUUAGAUUGCAAGGACAUACCUGCCAACCUUACAGAAAAGCAAUUAGUACAAUUUACAAAAGAAAA